AUGCCUAGAUUAAAAACAGUACGAGGACCCAAGAUUUUAAGUAAAAAUGUGACCAUUUCUCAGGAAUACCAUAGAAAGAACGUGAACAAGCUUUUGAUCACUAUAAAAUUGCCGCUGGCUACACUCAAGGGAGUCAACGAGAAACAGAUGCCAAAGACCACAAGUAAUAUCCCUCACUCUGCAUCAGCCCAUGUAACUACUGGGUUAAACACUGCAGAUAUCCAGCAGAAUAAAGAAGCGCCAGAAAUGCCAAACUUUCCAGAUUGGGAGCCUGAGGAGUUUGAUGAUCUAGAAUCGGUGUUGAAUGAAGCAUUGAAUCAGCAACCCCAAACAGUGCACCGGAGGAGCAGUGAUAGUAAAAAAGUGGAUAUAGUUGAAGCUUUAAAAUUAAGCCCCAGAAGGAGAAGCCUGGAGAGUGAAAGGAAUGAGAAAUUAGGUGUUGAAUCAAACAAGCAACUUCCAGAACCAACAACUCCAGUCAAGAGGCGAAAAACAAUAAAGCCGUUCUCUCGAGUUCGGGAGCAGCGGGCAGAACAUUACAAAUCCCUACCAGCAAAUAUCGCGCCUAUAUUGGAAUCAGAGUUACGUGAAUUGGAAGAUGCCGACGAAGAUAUGCCAAAAGUUGAGAAAAUCGUCUUUUCGUUAAAGGAUCCACUAGGGGGAGGCAAGAUCAAACUACCUGUUAAAUCAAGGUUUUGCUCGCAUUUUGAGUGCUUUGACUAUGACAAUUUUUGCCUUUUCCAUAAUAUACCGACAUCUAUCAAAGACAUGACGCGAAAGAACCUAAUACAACACAACUUCAACGAGAUGGCACGGAGAAAGAAUGGUGCACAAUCUCUGUCGCAAGAUUCAAGUACCCAAUGUAGUCGGCAAGCGACGUACCAGCAAAUAGUUCCACAUCAAGCGAAUCUUGGUUCGGAUUACAGGUCACCCAUGGUUAUACAACAACUCAAGCUUUCCCCUUAUGUUAAAAUUGUCGAUAACCCAUUGCCAGGAGAUAGUUAUACGUCGAGGUUUAUUGCACCUGCAUACCAAACUUGCCCAUUUUACUCUUGUCCAAUUUGUGAUACAAGUUUUCCUUUAAACGCAUUACUAAUUAGUGAUUCAUUCAAUUACUUUGUGAAGAUUACCUCUCCGCUGGCGGAGAAGAUAGAAUUAUUAGGACUGCAAAAGUAUCGAGCUAUAGGAGGAGCAGAUUUAGGGUUGAAUGCGAAGAAUGCAUCAUCAAACAAAGAAGAUGUUUUGGUGAUAAGCUCAGAUGAAGAGGAGGAGAAUGAAAAGACACGCCAACAAUCAGCAACUAAGCAAAAGAUGAAUGUCGGUAACUUCAUUCAUCGUCAGACCCCUGUUGACUGGUUUGAGUCAGCAGUUGAUACACUGAAUUAUAAUACAGAUUAUGAUGACCACGGGGCCAGUCACGACGAUCCGAUUAUCUUGGAUUAA